ACUGGCAAGUUGAAGUUACGUGCGACAAUCAAGAUGAUGCAUCAAAGCAACCCUGCACACAUUUUCGUGUGACUGACUGCAGAGAUGUCGGAGUACCUGGCUUUGACAGCCAGGGCGUUUUUUACGCUGACAGUCGUAGUAGCGUUAUGCCUUGCUGAUAUACAACAUGUUAGCGCAUCUUGGGAUUUUGUCGGCGCGGGCGAGCCAGCCCCAGUGCCAGAGGCAUGGCUGAGGGAGGCAACACAGUCGGCACGGCGCCAGCUAAGGAGCGUUGGGACCGAGGGGAACUCCCGCCGCCUCGCCAUCGUGUACCUUGUCACGGACUUGCAGCGUGUUGACCGGGACAGACCCGCGCUGCUGCGUGCAUCCAUCACGCUCAACAAGGAGAACCUGUUCCCCACGACGCCCUGCUCAGUCUACAUAUUCACAUGGAAGCAGCAGAUGUCCCUGCUUUUAGGGGGACUGGGCGAUGUGGGUCGGAUGUCAAACGUGGCUGUGCUGCCGCUGGCCAACGAGUCGUGGGUGGCUCCGGCGAUGGCGGGCACUGCGGAGCUGUGGCAUGAACACCACACAGCCGACUAUCGCCAGAUGGGUGACUGGCGGCUUGGCUUCAUGCCUGAGUUUGUGAGGAGGAUGGGGCACAGGUACCUGCUCCAAUUUGACGACGACUCGUUUAUCCUCAAGCCAGUGGGGCUUAACCUGGUGCAGCUGUUUGACAGUAAAGGCUACCGGCUGGGAGCCAAGAAGAUCCGACCUGACCCGUUGAUAGUAACCUGGGGCCUGCCGGAGUUGGUGCGCUACUACCUGACCGCGCACAAGGUGGUGCCCAAACAGCUGUUUGAGUUCUGCGAGCCCAACAACAUACACGGCCUCUACUCGGCACUGGACGCAGAGAGCCUGGGCACCAUCCCAGCCGCUGACCUGGCGGCGCUGCAGGAGCUGGGCCUGAAGGAGCUCGGUGGCUGGAACCGCACCAUCCUGCACGGCAAUUGCAUCAUGUACAGUCUUGACUGGUGGUUUAGCCCCAAGGUGCACCGUUUCGUGCAGCUGUGUCGCGCCACGGGCGGCUCCUUCACCUACCGCUGGAACGAGCAGGGCGUGAUCGCCAUGCUGUGGCAGAUCUUCCUUAAGCCAGAGCAGUUUCACGCGUUUGAAUUUGACUACAAGCACCGGCUAGUGAAGGCGCAGGACGCCUAUGACAUGGCUGCAGCGCCCAGCGUGGCUGAGGGCAACUAGUGGUGAUCGGGUGCACCUGCCGGCAGCUGGGAUGAAACGUGGAGUGCCGAUUGAGAGGUCGGGGUGCGUGCGACUCGAUGUAACGGGCGUGGGCAGCCGCGGUGGAUGGCGGUCAUGGUUUCGGAUAGGUGGAUCUGACAAGAUGCCGUUGGCGGCGCGCUUGACAAGAUAGACGGUAGAUAGCUUGCAGGAUACAGUUAUGCAGGUGGCGCCGUGGGUUGCAGGCCGCCCAGGGACCACGCAAGGAAUCUGGCAACAUGGGGUGGUUCGUAGACUGAGCUCGUGAUGUAAAUCGUGUGAUUGUGUGAAUCCCCGUCCGGUCGCUUUGCCGUGCGGGUUGUGCAGGGGCUGAUGGGCGUAACCCAUAUGGUACUAUCUUAUUGCAACACGCGCACAUCGUGCUAGCUGCAUCUAUCUUGCCCUUUGGCGUGCCGUGGCCCUGGCCCAGACCAUUUGGGCCCAGACCCCUGCAUGCAUGUCAUCAGAUUUUGCCCCCAUUGCUGUAACAGCCAAUCGAC